GACUUUAGCAUAUAUAAUAUCCCUUCAGCUCUAUCUUUGCCUUUUUGUUCUUUCACUCCCAACUCUCUCAACUUACAUAUCUUCUUCUCUUAUCCCUAUUUUCGGAUUUGUUGUUAACAAACCAUCUCUUCUUGUCUUGUUCGUCCUCUCUGUUGCAGGGGCGCCUUCCUUAUUAAUGCUCUAAGUUUCCCUCCCGAUUUCAUUUCAUUUUGUCAUCGCCGUAUUUAAUAUUUAUGGAUCGGACGGGAGGAUCCGACACUUUCUGUUACUAUUCCGUUCUCGGGAUCCCUAGGGACGCUUCCUUCUCUGAUAUCCGUGGCGCAUAUCGAAAACUUGCUCUGAAAUGGCAUCCUGACAGGUGGACCAAAAACCCAACGGCCGCCGGUGAAGCAAAACGGCGGUUUCAGCAAAUACAAGAGGCGUAUUCCGUCUUGUCUGAUAAAGGGAAGAGGUCAAUGUACGAUGCCGGACUGUACGAUCCGUUGGAAGAGGAGGACCAAGGGUUUUGUGAUUUUAUGCAAGAGAUGUUAUCCAUGAUGGAGGAUGUGAGGGCCGAGGAAGACAGCUUUGAGGACCUUCAGAAGAUGUUCAUGGAGCUGGCCGGAGGAGAUGGCAAGAAAUUCGAUGGAGAGGUCGAUCCCACGGGUGGGAAGAGGACACGUGUCACGGCUUCGAAAGGAAACGCCGCGAAACGGAGCUCCUGCUCGUCCCGUCGUGUGAGCGUGUCUGUAUCAGUGCCGAAUUAGGACUAGGAAGUUGCGUCACGACUCACGCAUCACCACCUGUUCAGCUGUUGUACUCUUCGAUUUAACUCAUUUUUCUUACUAAUACGAAAAGAAAAAGGAAAAAAAAAAAAAAAAAACGACCCAGUUGGCCCAGUUCCAAUCCAAUCCAAUCCAUUGUUGGGCCUAACUUUUUACUUUUUGGUGCAAUUUAAAUCUCAAAAGCAUGUAACGUAGCCUUCACGUCCAGUCCGAUUUCUGAAAAUCUAUCUAUUUAUAUAUGUCAAAAUAAUGUUAGUUGUGGCGUCUGA